AUGCUGAUUCCUAGCAAGAACAGAAAGGCUAUUUACGAGUAUCUCUUCAACGAAGGAGUCGCUGUUGCGAAGAAGGACUUCAAUCUUAAACAGCAUCCUAACAUUCCCGGGGUCACCAAUCUUGAAGUUAUCAAAGCCCUAAAGAGUCUGGCCUCUAGGGAGCUCGUCAAAGAGCAGUUCGCAUGGCGACACUAUUACUGGUACCUUACCGACGAAGGUAUCGCCCACCUGAGGGAGGUUUUGAACUUACCUGCUGAAAUCGUACCGUCCACGGUUAAAAGCAAGCCAGGAGAAGUGCGCGUGGCUGCUGUUGAACGUAUCCCUCGAUCAAUUCCUGGUAAAGAAGGAGAUCGUGAUGCCUAUAGAAUCGCUGACAAGGUCACGGAGGCUGGACCUGGGUCUGCGUUGCCAUAUCGCGCUGGAUUUGGAAGAGGAGCUCCUCCACCGCAGUAA